UGAUAACCUUGUGAUGAUGGACGAUGACUGAUGAGCAGGGGCCAUCUACCAUGGAUAAUAAGCCUACUUGCCAAUAUGACCCAAGCCCUAAAAUCCCUGGUCAUUGAUCAAAUAUCACCCGGCUCGGACUAUCUUUGGGUUUUAGCGUAAUUUCAACGAGCCCACGUAUCAUUCCAUUUCCCAAACUUCUUCGUCUUCUUUAUCCUCUCUCUAAAAAAAACCUCCAUUACCAUAGCUUGCAAAGCAAAAUGGGAAGCUCAGACACUGGAUUAAACAACGAUGAUGACUCAGCGACCGUGUCAGAUGAGUCAAACACAGAGACAGACUCAGACAUGAGAACCGAAACCGACGAGGAAUGUCAGUCUUCGCACCCUCCAUCUGUAUUUGUAAAUGAUGAGAAGGUCCUCGCUUUUCACUCUGGACAAUACUAUGAAGCCAAGGUGAUAAGAGCUUUAUAUGAAGAAAACAAAUGGGGUUUUUUUGUUCAUUACACAGGGUGGAACAAAACUUGGGAUGAAUGGGUUGGAACGGAUCGUUUGCUGAAGCACACUGAAGAGAAUGUUCAGACGCAGAAAGCCCUCAAAGAACGAUUGGAAAUGGAGAUGAAAACAAAGGCGGUACAGGCACCACAAAUGAAACUGAAAAAUUCUGGUGUUUCAAGGGGAAGGAAGCGGAAAAAUGACAAUCUUAAUAAGGAAAAAGAUCUUGUACCCUUGGAAAAGCUGGUGAAUCUCCAAAUUCCACCAACACUAAAGAAACAACUUGUUGAUGAUUGUGAAUUUAUCACUCAUCAGAGCAAGCUCGUGAAACUUCCUCGUGCCCCAAAUGUCCAAGACAUAUGUAAGAAGUAUUGUGAGUAUAGGUCAAAAAAAGAUGUCAUGAUGCCUGAAUCAACUGCUGAAAUUAUGAAAGGUUUGCGCUGUUACUUUGACAAGGCCUUGCCAGCAAUGCUUCUGUAUAAAAGUGAGCGGCAACAGUAUACUUAUGCAAUUAGAGAUGAUGUUUCUCCCUCAAUGGUAUAUGGUGCUGAGCAUCUAUUACGCCUCUUUGUUAAGUUGCCUGAGUUAUUGGUUCAUGCAAACAUUGAAGAGGAGACACUGACAGAGUUGCACCAAAAAUUGGUUGACUUUCUGAGGUUUCUACAGAAGAAUCAGAGUGCUUUUUUCCUCUCUACAUAUCAUGUCCCAGAAGAUUCUGAAGCAAACACCAUCAAACAAGAUCACUAGGUUGGGGGCAUAAGGAUGUCAAUUUGUACAUAAUACACCAUCAAAUACAACUGAACCAUUUUAAUCUAUCCCCUUUCUACGUUAAAAACUUCUGAGAUUCAAGUGUAUGUCAUUCACUUGCGAACCCUUUUGUGAGAAUCCAGUAGUUACUUAAACUAAAUUGAUUAUCUAGAUGGUAUAUGCCAACUAUCUUUAGCUAUCUUGUCUUGCAAGGUACGCAGGUGGCUGUGCCCAACUUUAUUAGAAUCUCUUUCACUACCUAGCAAGAGAGAGUUAGGUUUGAAAUUGAGAGUGUCAUUUCCAAAUUGUUCUUCUUUAGUCAACUUCAGUGUGUGAAGGAAUUGCAUCUCGUUGAGAGACUUUUGAAAAAUCUAAGAGAGUGGUGUUUAAAUCAA